GUGGAGGCGUUAGCGAAAAACACUGCGAAGGAGCUACCGGAGACGCUGCAAGCGAUGGAAGAGAGCGCGCGAGAGGUGGAGGCGUUGGCGGCGGAAACGCGGGAGGCGUUGUCGAAAUUGGAUGCGACGGAGUACGUCGAGUCGCUCGUAAACGAUUUCACGGCAAAGAUGAAAGAUCCGACGAAGGAUUUUCGGGAUUUGGGAGACGAUGCGACUGAGUACGUCAGGCGUUUGUCGCUUGAGCUCGGGCUAGUCAUGCAGAGCGUGGGCAUUUAUUUAGACGAUGGUGCGUUUGACGAAGACGCGAAGAAUUUGAGCGCGGCGGAAAAGGCGCGGCGGAAGAACGCCCUCACAGAGGCAAUCUCAGCGGCGAAGGAAACGACGGAGAGCGCGGCAAAACUGUCGACGCAACUGCAAGGCGCGGCCAACGGUGAAUCUAAAGGACGAGAUCUAGCAGAAAUCGUGGGAAAGAUUGCGCUCGCGAGCAAGCAGGUAUCGACGGCGAUGACAAGAGUCGUCGAGAGCACGUCGGAGAGUUUCCGUUCGACGGAUGAAUGA